CAAAGUCCUAAUUUCGAUCCAAAUGUGCCAAAACCACAGGCUCUAAAUUCGCAAUCAAAUACGGAAUUUUCUUUGUAAGAAUAAUUGCGUAUAUAUCAAACAAAUUACUAAAAACAAAUGUAAAGGAGAAACUGAUCAAGCUCGUUUACAAAACCAUCAACAUUCUACAAAAAGCAAAGAGAAUAUGUACAGAUCUGCGAGCUGGAACCGUGCCACGGAAGACUACUCGUCCGCACCGCCCAAAGGGUUGUGGAUGGGCUCCAUGAUCGGUCCCCUCGAUGAAGACGAGCCACCUUCCUACAAUAAUCCACCAGCAGAUGAGAUGGUUAAGAAGGAGAAGUCACCUGCCAAGUUCGCAGAAAAGGCUAUUCACAUCAUUCCUUUUGUUCUUCUUGCAUGUGCUCUCGUCCUUUGGCUCUUCUCAAAUCCAGAUGUGGUGGAUGUUGGGAUGAGAGAGGAAUCUAUUGCGGCUAGGAUUGAAGGACUGACGAUAGAAGGAGACAUCGACAAUGAUAGUGAUGGAACUCAGACUGGUUUCUUGGGUGCAACGUUAGAGCUCAAUGGUGAUUCGGACAAAACAAAUUAUGCUGAUCGGAACAGACGAGCUUCAAGGAAACUGAUUAAAGGCUUCUACUAG